UCGCCGAAAGAGAGUUGCAUUUAUUCGGGCGCACCCUGUCGCCGGCGUUACAACCACCGCACUGCACACGCACGUCGCUCGCACACACCAACACACGUCACGCACACCGACAGUCGGCCCGGAGUCGAGAACACGACCGAUACGCGUAUACGGCCCCCGCCGCGAACGUCUUACGACUCUCUCUUUCUAUCUUUCACCACUUUCGUCGCUGUUGUUAAAUGUAUUUUAUAUCAUACUCGUAUUUAUUAUGUUUUAUUUAUUUUAAUAAUAUUAUAGACAAUUAUUGUUUAACUAGAUAAUUUGAAUUUUUUUCUUAUAUUAUUCUGCGAAAACACAAAAAACGAGAAGGGAAAAAGUUGUUGAUGUAUAUGUCAUAAAAGUUGUUUAUUCGUUCGUUUGUUUUUUUCUCUUUUAAAGUUUAUCGUCGACACCGUAGUACAAUAUUUCGUUUGCGUACAGAAUUCGCGUCGAAUCGCCUGCUCCGGAGUGUGCUGGAUGGGAAAUCUGCAGAGGUCUUCCGGCUGACCCAGGAAAUGCAUCCCGAUUUUUGAAAAUUCAAAUUGAUGAGCAGACAUUAAAUUAAAUUUUAUCAAAAUGACUAACAACCAUUUGAAUACGAUUUCUGGACAAGACCAACAGUACUGUUUGAGAUGGAAUAAUCAUCAGACAAAUCUAACAAAUGUAUUUGUUCAAUUAUUUCAAUCUGAAGAAUUUACCGAUACUACACUAUUUUGUGAAGGUGGACCACCUGUCAAAUGUCAUAAAAUGGUAUUGGCUGCAUGUUCGUCAUACUUUCAGUCAGUAUUUGCUGAAGUACCUGGUAAACAUUCUGCAGUUGUGCUGAAAGAUGUCGGUCAUUCUGAAAUGAAAGCCAUACUUGACUAUAUGUACAAAGGUGAAGUAAAUAUUGCUCAUGAUCAAUUAGCUGCUUUGCUAAAGGUCGCUGAAAUGCUUAAAGUCAAGGGACUCGUUCAAGACAAUACAUAUCAACCACAGAGUGCAACUCCUACCGUUGACGAAGACCGUAAUAUAAUAAGUACUUCGUCUCCUAAUCACGUAUCACCAGAUGGAAAUACGAGUGCAUCCAAAGAUCUCGCCAUCAAUAUUAACAAUAAUAAUGAGCACAAUGAUUCACCCCCGCAUAGUACUGGUAUUACUCACCAAUCGCCUUUCUACAACAAAAACUAUUAUGGGAAAUCGCCACCAUUAGUCGACCACAGACCUGGAAGAAGUAACGUUCCGAUGUGGCCAAUGCCUGCUAUGCAGUUGUCUUCAACACCAGUGACAAAUGCAAUGUUUGGUGGAAGUUAUGACUCGAUGAUUGCUGGACAUCCGGGAAUGUCACCGUUGCGUCGCAAGAAAUUAUCCAGCAUGAUGAUGGGCCGGGAUACACCUAUAUUGAGAACUGUACUUGGACAGGGACAAGCUGAUUCCUCACAGCAACUUGCUCUACCAUUAUAUGGUUCUGAAGCAAUGGAACAUCAUAGACCACAGUCUAAUGGAUCUGAACAUAGCAGCCAAUUUUCAAAGAUUAAAAUUGAAGGAUCAGAACCUCAUUCUCCAUAUCCACCUGAUAUGUCAAUGAAUGAUGAUGAAGAAAUUAUAAGGAUGGGAAAAAUGAAUAAUUCGUCCUCACCUCAAUCUAUGUAUGGCGAUUCAAAAAGUGGUAUUGUGACUCCAGGAAUAGCAACUUAUGUCCCAUCUCAUAAGCCUGAGUGGAAAAGAUACAAACAGUACACACGGCAAGAUAUUAUGUCUGCAAUAGAUGCUGUUCGAACUGGCAUGAGUGCAUUACAAGCUUCUCGAAAAUUUGGAGUUCCAUCUCGUACUCUCUAUGACAAAGUGAAGAAACUUGGUAUAACCACAAGCCGUCCAUUUCGUAGAUCAGGUGUCAACAAUGGCAAUCUUGGCUUUGCAUAUGGAUUAGGUCCAGGUACUAGCAGUGUGAUGUUCUCAGGACAAAUGUCCGGAGCUGAAGAUGAAUCCGGUCAUUCUACCGCCAUGGAACAUGCAACUGCUGGUUUCUUACAUCACGCUCUUGGAUUAUCUGGAGUGCCUUUAAAAUCAGAUCAUGAAACUUCUAACAAUGGGCAUUCACCUCGUUCAGAUAGGAUGGAUGAUGGAGGCUCACCCUGUAGCCCAGAAUUAAUUAAAUAUGCUGGACACAGAGAAGACACACAAUCACCAACUCCGACAGACAAUGAUGACCAAGCACAAGAUUUAUCAGUGUCUCGUAAAUCAGAGUCGUCAAUGCAAUCAACACCUACAUCUAGAAUUAUUAUGGCGCCGAUUAGUCAAACGCCCUCUGUACCCAUGUUAGCCGCUGGUAACGAUGAUAGGGACUGAAAUGGUGGUUUACAUUGGAUGGGCAGUAUGUGCAAUCCUAAUUCAAUAAUUGAAUUAAACUGAAACCCACAUCUUAGUUCUAGACUAUUUGGAGUCAAACCUUUUUUAGGUUUAAUAAUGUCCUUUUAAAAUUUGCAUUAAUGAUAAAAGACAUACCAGGGUGUUGGUACAGAAAAGGUUGUACAGUUAAAUUGAGAAAUUGUACUUCAAUAUUCUCUUGGAUUUAAAUUAUUUUAAAAUGUUGACUCUAUUUUUUUAAAAAUUAUUAGUUUUUGUUUUUUGGGUCAAUCAAUCUUGCUAAUUUUGGGUAUAACCUUGAUUUAAUUACGUACAUUUUAUUUACAAUUUUAAUUUUAAUGUGAAUUCCAAGUCUGAAAAAAUUUAAAUCAAAAACAUUGUUUCAGGUAGCUAAUUAAAUGGUUGUUUUUUACAUCAGGUAUCAGGUAACAUUUUUAUAAAUGCCAUUUAAUCCCCACAACUGCUCAAUUAUCGUUAUUUAAGAGUUCCUUGUAUCAAAAUAUCUACCUAAAAUUGUCGGUACCGAUUGUAAAUAACUGAAUAAUUACAAAUGCUUAUCCACUCUAUUUUCACUUAAAUGAUUCCCUCCAUUUAUUAUUAUUUUUAUUAAUAUUCAUGAAACAGAUAUCUCAAACCGCAUAAGACUGCUACUUGUUAAAAUAUUAUGUAGUUAAGUAGUAAUAAUAUACUAUAGUAUAUUAUGUUUUGUUUAGUUAAUUUAAACCAAGGAGACUGUAUUUAAUGUUAAAUAAUCUACACUGAUACUUCUAAAUAAUGUACAACUAAUGUGUUCAUGCAGUUCUAUGUCUUAAUGUUACACAAACAUUGUUAGAAGCUUUAUAUUAUAUUCAAUGCUCAGUGUAUCAUAGAUGAAAAUCAUGUGUUCAUUAGUUUUAGCAAACACUAUUUUGGGGGCCAAUAUUAUAUUUGUAUAAUUCAGUUACAUUUCACAUAGUUAAAUAAUAAGACUGAGUAGCCUUAAUUUUAAAAGAACUGAUACACAUUUUGACUGGUUUGAUUUAAACAUUCUCAGCUUUGUUCCUACUGAGGUUUAUCAAUUUAACUACAAAUUGCAAUAGUAUAUUAUUUAUGAUGUCUACAGGAACAAAGGUGUGAAUUCAAGACUGAGUUGGUUUUUUGUUAGGAAAAAAAAAACAUUUAACUUGAAUAGGGUUUAAUAAU